AUGCUUACUAGAAUAGCACCCCUGCUCAGAGCAGCACCACGCUUGCAGCAGUCCCGUCGCAUGGGCCAUGCUGUACCAGCUCAUUGGAAGCCCAUACGCCAGAUCUGUGAGGAGAACAAAGCCCACAUGAAUUUCCUACCCGUGCCGGAAGGGUCCUGGCAGGAGGCCUACAAUAAACAACAGUCUAAGUGGAAUAGACUUCUAGCUCUCAGCGUUUUGUCUGUGGUUGUUACAGCUGUUGCUCUGUGGCAGACUGGAAGUAUCUAUCUGCAUACAGCACCUCCACUGCGCAACAAGAAGAAGGAGUAA